AGAAGAAGCAAAUAGUCCAGUUGUUGGGUUACGUUUAUCUUUGGCUCGUAAAGAAAACGUUAAAAAAGUGUAAUAUUCAACGAAUUUUCUGUCGAAAAUUCUAGAAAACCAUAAUUGUGUAUACACCGGUGCUAAAGUCGAUAAGUGAAACCGUUGAUUUUUGUGCAAAAUAACAUAAAUUUGCAUUUAAAAAUUUUGCGCGUUCAGCGUGGCGUGUGUAUGUAUAUAUGUGUGCGUAAUAUACCUGCUAGUUGCUUUAUAUCGCUGUCCCAGUGCGAAAGGAGAGCAGAAGAGAGAACUCGCUACUUUAAAGCAAAGCGUUGCAACUGAACGAAAACAUUGCAAAAUACAAUUCAUUGUAUUUUGUAAGCAAUAUUAAUACUAAUACCAACGUCAAAAUGUCUGACGAGACCAGCAUACAAAAACCGGAAGGAGAGACGGUUACCGAAACCAAAUCCAACAUCGAUGAAGAUGCAACAAUUCAGCCGGCAGUGGAUGAGAAGAAGACACCCAAACGUACGCCAAAGCGACGCUCAUUCAUUGAGCGCGCUCAACGCGAGAGUGAGGAGUUGGUGCGGACAAUGGGCGGCACCUUAGAGCUGGAGGGUGGACGGCGUACUCGAUCCAGUACACGUGGUACUCCGACAAGAAGCGCUGAUACCGUUACACCGCCUCCAAGUAAAAAGGCUCGCACAUCGCCAGCGAUCGCUAAGAGCGGAGGACGGGGACGAGGUGCUCGAAAGCUGGAUGUUGGCGGCGAUGAAGAAGUUGAACAAGAGACAACAAAAGCCAAGCCAGUAACUGUGGAAAAGGUGGAGGUGGAAGAGAAGGCUCAAGCAAGCAAAACUACUAAAGCAAACGCCACUGCGAAGAAAGGAAAGAAGGAAGAAAAGGAACAAAAACAGAAGGCAGCUGACGCGAAAGACAAAAAGGAUACCAAGGACACAGAGGAUUCCGAAACAAAGGCUACAGAAACGAAUGAACCUGCGUCAAAGACCACCGAAAGUAAGGAUCAGCCUGAUUCCGCUGCCCAGGAGCCUGCCCCACAAGAAGAAAAACAAAACAACAUUGUUCACGAUAAAUCAGACGCAAAAGAACCCGAAACAAAGGAAAAAACACCCGAGCCGUCGACAACUGAGGAGGAACCAGCUAAAGUUGAAAGCCCACCAAAGAGUGAUGCGACAGCUGCUGCUCCUGUUUCUGAGUCACCCAUGGAAGUGGAUGACGAGAAAGAACAAUCAAAAACGGAUCAGACUACCGCUGAUGCAACAUCCUCCGACAUUUCUACACCUGCUGACAUCACAGAAUCAGUAGAUACAAAGAAGGACUCAGCAGAGUCGCAAGAAAGUGAGAGCAGUGGGGAGCCGAAACCCGAAACCACCGAAACUGCUGAGCCCGCCAAGCAGCAAACACCGGAACCCAUGGAAGUAGACUCAAGUUCGAAAGCCAGCACUGAAUCUGCCAGGCCCAUAUCACCCGUCAAAGAAGUUGCCCCAGCAGCAGCCGCUGUCGAAAACAGCGACAAACCUAAAGCGACCGAAGUGGCAACAAGCAAUAACAAAGUCGUUGAAUUGGCCACCGAAGCCAAAGAGGAUGCUCCAGUCCUUCCAGAAAAGGAGGCACAAGCAAGCGAAGUCGAAAGUUCAUCAGCAGAGAACAAUACAACCAAAGCUGAUGAAGCUCCCGCCAGCAAUGAUGUGAGCAAGCUGGCUGCGCCAGUUGCCCCAAUCGAAGUCCCAUUAACGGAGGCGCCAGCCGCACCCGCCAAGGAGACAAACUGCGACAACAAGUCCGAGCACAAUGACAAUGGUGAACCGAAGAUCGUUAACAAUGCCAGCGAAGAUGGCGAGAACCAUGUGACGCCGCAGGCCUGCAAUUAAGCAGCACCAUAAUUAUAAUAAUAAUAAUGAUGAUGAUGAUGAUGAUGAAAACCAAUAACUAAAGUUUAAAGCCGAAUAUGUACAAGUGUUGCUUCGGCUCAUUUCGACAAGCCAACAAAUAUG